AUGAUCGAAAAAAUGAGACAAAUGAUAAAAACGAACGUGAACACAAUGAUCCCACUUCUAAUGUUGCCUUAUCGAAAUUGGUCCAAAUCUGCCAAAUCUAGCAGAUAUGAAAAAUCCCCUGCGCUUUAUUUCCAAGUUUCGAAAAUUUCCAAAGGCGCUUUAUUUAGCUUUACUCGUUUUUUCCAAGUUUUGGACGAGUAUUUGCGAAAUGUGGCACGUCUGCGUCAACGUCAGAAUGAGGAGCAGCUCGUGCUCCACUUCCUCGAACAACAGCAACAUGAGGAGCAAGGAAUGGAGGAACUAGUACCGGGACUGGAGAGAAGGAAGAGAUGGCGGAGUGGCGGCAGGUUGCAAGACACAACUAUUACCUAUGUCACGAUAAAAUAUUGUUCAUUUUUGGGACAUAAAAGUAAACCAUUAUUUGCUAUGGAACAAAUCACACACAUGAAAGGUCACGAGCUAAGUCAAAAAGCUAGGAAACAAAAGCUGGAAAGCAAAAGAAACUGGGAGAACGAUCAAAAUUGGAAUAUAAUCAUUUGCAAUGCAAUUAAGAUUCCAAUAAUGCCUAUGAAUGCAAAUCGAAAAUAG